CAGCUUGCCGCAAUCAUGAAUAGGCAAGUCUGCCUCAUGUUGACUCCCAUCUCCCAUCCAAAUGACCUCUAUAUCAGAGUCAUCUGCCCAUAGCUCUGGCUGGCCAAACGAUCCCGUCCCGCUCGUAGGAUACCUGAGCCGCAAGGCCCUCCCCAUAAAGCGAAAUGAUGCCGAACCACUCACCCGAGAGGAUGUCCAGUACGAUCUCCUCCAUCACAUCUUUUGUGAUACCCAGGCCGUCUUUACGGGUCAAACACCUGGCUCUUCCGGCAAAGUCAACUUCUGCGAUCUCUAUGUCAAUGCACUGUACAAUUCUAGCAAAUGUUCUAAAGUUCUCAAAGAUAAGAUGAUCGAAACCCCUGCAUUUGCAGUCGAGCUUGCAAAAAUAUCCUUGCUCACAAACGUUGGGCGGAUCAACACAACUAUGGCAUUUUUCCCCGAGAUGAAGACGGCCCUCAGAACCUAUCAUCCCGUUCCCUCACUCCAAAAAACCGACGGUAAUGCUCAAGAUGCACCGCGGAUCAAGAACUGUCUGAAAGCAGCCUUGUUACCAUCAGAACUUAAAUCCAUGGCGCCAUCAACGCCGGAAGAGAUCCUCGAGAAUGCGCGUGCACGCCAGCUCCCUCCAACAAGUGUUGUUAAUCUAAUCUUUGUCCUUGCAAACCACGCAGCUCCUCUUGCUGCUACUCACUUCGAUCCUCCCCUCAAUUUUCUCGAUCUUUUCCUCCCCAUGAAGAUUUCCUCCGCCGAUCGUGCAAGAGCGUUUCUAUGGUUGAUGUUUCAUUAUCUGGAGGGGCCGGAUCAACCAAACCCCUAUGACGACGACUACUCUCGUCAGAACGUUGGCAAAGUGCCGCGGUUGCGUCGUCUCUCGGAUGCUGAAACGGCAGCGGAAAACGUCGAUACUAUCGAGGAGAUCGAAUGGGGCAAGACCAUGUCAGCCCAAAGGAACCUUUUCCUGCAACGCCUCGUAACUUCGCAGGAAAACGAAAAGAAGGCAAAGAGUGCGCAAGCUGCGUCAUCGAUGCAACGAACCGAUUCCAGUUCUAGUCGAUCCCGCGUAGCACGGCCGUCAGAUGACGGUGCUGGAGAAAAGCCGUACAUUCAUUACUUGCCGCCACAGCGAUCCGUGCCAGGAUCAAAUCCCCCGGAACUUCGAGCUGGGGGAAGUAGCGCACACGCUCUUCAACGGUCGAUGUUAGAACACGCGUGGCAGGUGAUAACGAAGACCGAUCCCCUAGCCGACUCUGACGAAGAGCUCAUGGACGAGUGCGUCAGGGCUGACUACAGCCGCCGCAUAGAUGUCAUCGGCAGACUGCGUGGGAAGCCGCCAACCCCACCACCAGAUCCAGUGGCUACUGACAUCCCCGAUGCCUCAUAUACGAACAACGUGCCCAACAGCCGCGAGCAUCGAUGGCGGACGGUGGAAUCAUGGAAGUAAGGCUGGAAGCUUACGCGCCUUUAUCUUUGGAUACACGACAGCCGUGCAUAUACUUGUAAACUAUACAACUUGCCGCAU